AACUGACAUAAAACCUGACAGAAGAAGAAGCUGAAGAGAUAAGUUGAACUUCAACGUUGCCUACCUUUGGACUGAUCCGUUUUGAAGAUGUUACGAGGCAUUGGAUUUCUGACAGUGAAUACAAUACGGUCUAACGGCGCACUUUCUACCCAGAGAAGAUUGUACAGCGGUGGAGAUGAAGUGCGGUUGGCAGAGGAUGCCCAGAAGAGUCUCAAAAGUCAUGCUCCAACCAUUUUCUCAAAAGUAAUAGAGAGAAAAAUUCCUGCUGAUAUCAUAUUUGAGGAUGAUGAGUGUUUAGCAUUCCGAGACAUAAAUCCACAGGCCCCUGUGCAUUUCUUGGUUAUCCCCAAAAAAAUCAUUUCGAGGAUCAGCGAAGCUGAAGAUGAUGAUGCACCAAUUCUUGGCCACCUCUUAACUGUUGCUAAAAAUGUGGCACAUAAAGAAGGACUACAGGAAGGGUAUAGACUGGUGAUAAAUGAUGGAAAGAAUGGUGCACAGUCUGUGUACCAUCUUCAUAUUCACGUGCUUGGAGGGAGACAAAUGAAUUGGCCUCCAGGCUGACCUGGUUCUUUUGAUAUCAUGUGACCUGAUGACAAAUUCACCUGUAUUAUGGAAAUUAAGUGUUCAUGCCGAAGAAAGCAUAAAGGACAGCUGUGUAACUUUCAAAUAUAAAAAUUUUUUCAAA